ACGGCGGAUGCGGCUGCGGUGGAGGACGCGAAGAUGGCGCUGCUGGAUGAAGCCAAGACACUGUUGGCCGCGGACGCCGAGGCGGAGCGUGCGGCGGCGGGGGUGCGCGACGCCCUCCACACGCGGUACCCGAUGUGUGCCCGGGAUGUGGGCGAGGCGGUCGAAAAGGACGCGGUCGUCGCCGGAUUGGUUGCGCGGCGCGCGGAGCUGCUGCAGGACCCGGAGGGCGCUGGGGCUGCCAUUGCCGAUGUGGAAGACCUGCUGCGUGGGCGGGGUGUCGAGGUGGAGGCAUUGCGCAAGCGCCGCCAACGGCCGUCCCGGCCACCGUGCCUUCUGGCUUUUGACGACGUGCAGCUUGAGGAGGGCGAUGAACUCGACUAUCGGGUGCGGCGGCAGCGCCAGAGGCGUGCACGGAAGCUGCACAUGGUGGACGUCCCUGAGGAGGCGGUG